AUAUCUAUUGUUAUAUACUAAAAUUUUGAUUUUUCUACAAAUUACUUGCUUUAAAAAAUUGCAACUAGGAAGAGUACUUUUAAAAAUAAAUUAUUACAUAUUCAUACAAUGGAAGAAUGAAUAGCUGAGAAUAAGAAAAGUAGCCUGAGAGUAUGAAUGUUUAAACUGCGUUUCCCGCUCUAACGGUACUCCAAAAUCAAAUUUCCGACAGUUACCGUUAGCCCCUCAAAAUUAAAACAUAUUAUUACUUAUUAUUCAGUCCCCACUACCCAACAAAAAAGAAAAGAAAAACUAUGCACACUUCUCUAACACACUUUCAAAUUCAAAUCAGUGGGACCCGUCAGAAAAAAAUUAAAAAAAAAACCUCCAUUACUCUUUUCCAAAGCUAUCACAGCCAAUCACAUUCAAUUUUGCUGCUGCAUGUCAUGGGACCUGUUUACAGCAUCAUGCUGUGUCAAAAUCUGGAUUUUAGAUUUCUUUUUUGGUUUAAAUGCCACCAAAAAUCAUAUGCAGAACUAGUAUUAAGCCAUAGUUACUAGAUUUUAAUAAAGCUUGCAUUUUUCUAUGUAAAUUCAGUUCUUUAUCAUUCAAGAAUCUGUCUUUAGUGGAUGUGAAGAUGAAAAACAACCAGAACAAAAACCCAUUGUUCUAAAAUCUUUCCCAGAACAUACCAAAACCCAAGCACCCAAUCUUCAUACCAGUUCUGUCUAUUUUUCUUUCUAUCAAGAAAUGGCUGAUGUCAAGAAACCAACUGCUUUAACUCAAUCUUCAUACAAUUCCCUUUACUUCAAUCCUUUAACUGAGUCCAAACACCAGCAUAGCUGCAGUGAAGGAGACUUAGCUUCAGCUUUUACUGAUAACAAAGAGAAUAACCAUCCAAUCUUUGGCAUUGAUAAUAAAGAAAAUGCAAGGCCCACAAACUCUAAACCCUUAUCUACAAAUGGGUCUGUUGCUGUUAUGCCAAAGAAGUUAUCAUCAAAUAUGAAAUCUUUGUCUACUGGCAGAGUUUUUAAGCCAUCUUCUUUGCAGUGUUGUAUGCAGAUGAAUGAGCCUGAAAAGGUUUUCAAAUCUAUAUUAUGGGAUCCUGUUGAGUCUGAGAACUCAACUUCUUCCUUGAAAAUUUGGGAUUUUUCUGAUUCUGAGGCUGCUCCUGCUUCUUCUUGGUCUAUAUUGCCUAAUAGGGCAUUGCUAUGUAGGCCUUUGCCAUUGGACAUAGGUAGGUGUACCUGUGUCAUUGUGAAAGAAGCACUACCAGAAGGAUUAAAUGGGGGUUCAGUGUACUCACUGUAUACAAAUGAAGGACAGGGACGACAGGAUCGGAAACUAGCUAUAGCUCACCACAAGCGGCGCAAUGGAAAGUCAGUAUAUACUAUAGCUCAGAACAUCAAGGGAGUUCUGUCUAGUUCUGAUGAUAGUUUUCUUGGAAGUAUAACAGCUAACUUCAUGGGUUCCAAGUAUCACAUAUGGGAUCAGGGUAGCCGCCUGAAUUCGCCAUCUAAGCAGCGUAAUCCACUUCUGAGUGUUGUUACAUUCGUGCCCACUGUAACCACAUGCAUGGGGAGUUAUAGAAGCAUGAGAGUUUACAUACCUAAGCACCAGUCAAUGCUGCUAAAGAACACAGCUCAGAUGCAACACAUUAAUGGUCUGCCCAAGGAUUGGGAGGGGAAAGUGGAGAAAGUACAUCAGCUACAUUCAAGAAGUCCAAACUACAAUAAUUUUUCAAGGCAAUAUGAGUUGGACUACAGAGACAGGGGCAGAGCUGGACUUAGAAUCCAAAGAUCAGUGAAAAAUUUCCAACUGACAUUGGAGGAGAAUGGGAAGCAGACAAUUUUGCAGCUUGGAAGGGUGGGGAAGUCAAAGUUUGUGAUGGAUUUCAGAUAUCCUUUAACAGGUUAUCAAGCGUUUUGCAUAUGCUUGGCUUCAGUUGAUUCAAAACUUUGUUGCACAGUUUAAGUCACCAAGUUUUUUGCAGUUCAAUCUCCGAACUCAAAUCUUUUUAGUUUCUUUCUUCUUUCUGCUGUUUCUGGUAUGUGCUUCUCACUUCAGAAGAAGCUACCUCGAAAAGUGUCAUUUUGUAAGAGUAGGAAACAAUUAGCUGAUAGUCAUUACUUAUGAAGUGAUUGAUAUCUGAACCCAUUGAAGUUAUAUGUAAAUGCUAUGUGAUAUUCUGAUUCUGGAAUUAAUUUACAUGCAUCUGAGAUUCAAA